UUCAUUGAUUUCAUACCAAAGUCAUACUUAACAUUCCACUUACACUGUCAAACCAGGAGAAAUAUUACUGAAAACUAUAAGGCGCCAAAAAAAUAUAUAGUAUAAAAAUAAGUAAGUUAUCUUCGCUUUUGUCAGGAGGGGUGACUUCCAAAAAAAGCUGCUUGGAUCCUGAUCACUUUCCUCCUAACUUGUUCUCCAUAAGAAUAAAGUCUUUACAUACCCGAGGAUUGACAGACAGAAAAAGGCAAAUUGGAGGAAUACAUAACUCGAUAUUUUACGCGCUGUUUUACUGCACCCCAUAGAUCCUCUGACUGUGGGGCUCGUCGUCGGGCCCAGGGGGAGCCGCCACCAUUGCGUCCAACGAGUGGAGUGCCAACGGUAGCCCGGAGGAUGGGCUGGAAGAGGGGAACGAUGAGCUGGACAAGGCCAUGGACGGGGACGCCGAGGGGGUGUGGAGCCCAGACAUAGAGCAGAGCUUCCAGGAGGCCCUGGCCAUCUACCCUCCCUGUGGACGGAGGAAGAUCAUCCUCUCAGAUGAAGGCAAGAUGUAUGGUCGUAAUGAGUUGAUAGCUAGGUACAUCAAGCUGAGGACAGGCAAAACCCGCACCAGAAAACAGGUAUCUAGUCACAUACAGGUGUUAGCACGGAAGAAAGUUCGAGAAUACCAAGCAGGUAUCAAGGCCAUGAAUUUGGACCAGGCAUCUAAAGACAAGGCCCUCCAGAACAUGGCAGCGUUGUCGUCUGCUCAGAUUGUGUCUCCGAGCCUGAUCAAGAGCCAGCUACCCCCACUGCCCCACUCUCCCUACCCCCCGCAAGCCAGGUUUUGGCCAGGCCCUAUCCCAGGACAACCCGGCCCCUCUCAGGAUAUCAAACCUUUUGCACCGUCUCCAUACACAACUCUACCAGGCCCUCCCCCUCCCCCUAUAUCAAACUAUGAGCCUUUGGCACCCCUCCCCCCGGCUGCUACGGCGGUGCCCGUGUGGCAGGACCGGACCAUCGCCUCCUCCAAGCUGCGGAUGCUAGAGUACUCUGCCUUCAUGGAGGUGCAGAGGGACCCUGACAACUACAGCAAACACCUGUUUGUCCACAUUGGCCAGACCAACCCGUCCUACAGCGACCCUCUGCUGGAGGCAGUGGACAUCAGGCAGAUCUACGACAAGUUCCCAGAGAAGAAGGGCGGACUCAAAGAGCUUUAUGAGAAAGGCCCACAGAACGCCUUUUUCCUAGUCAAAUUUUGGGCGGAUCUCAACAGCAGUGGCAUGCAGGACGGCCCAGGCUCCUUCUACGGAGUCAGCAGCCAAUACAGCAGCUCUGAGAACAUGACCAUCACCGUCUCCACCAAAGUCUGCUCCUUCGGCAAACAGGUGGUCGAGAAAGUAGAGACAGAGUACGCCCGGAUGGAGGGAGGGAAGAGUGUCUACAGGAUCCACCGCUCUCCCAUGUGCGAGUAUAUGAUCAACUUCAUCCACAAGCUCAAACACCUGCCAGAAAAAUACAUGAUGAACAGUGUUCUGGAAAACUUCACUAUACUUCAGGUGGUGACAGACCGUGACACUCAGGAGACCUUGCUGUGUAUAGCGUUUGUGUUCGAGGUCUCAACGAGUGAACACGGGGCACAGUACCACGUCUACAGGCUCGUAAAAGACUGACCCACCCACCACUCUACCACGUCUACAGGCUCGUCGAAGACUGACCCACCCACCGUUCUGCAGGGAGGUUUGGGAAUCAGCUGACGAAGCACUGCGUGACAAUAUGUACAGUACAGACUGCUCAACUGCCAAGUAACAUUCAAAACGACGUUAGAAUGAACUGACAUGAAAACAUUUUAAACUUCCACACAUUUAUGUGAAAUAGGAAAAAGGAGGAAGUCUCUCAAAAGACAAGAAAGGAAAUUAGGAGAAUUCAUUGUUUUGUUUUAAAGGCAACUUUUUAACCCAUAGAGUUAAAUAUGCUGAGACAAGUGGGUCAAAUUGGUAAUGACAGUAAAUGUACAGUAGGUUGAGAUUCACUGAGGGCAUGAGAAAGUGAACAAGGUUAAGAGCUUUGUCUCCAAGGGAACACACUCUAAGCAAUAUAAGAAGAAGUGGAUAGAUUGGAAUGGUACAGGUACAACAACCAUGGAAGAAGAGCAAACACAAAAUAAUCUAAAGGUAGAAGGGCCCUACCGAGGGGUGUUUAUAAAUUAGAUAGGAUGGCAAUCAAGUGCCUUUCUCCAAAGACAAGUAUUGAUCAGUUGCCAGCCACUCUGGAAUGCCUUAUUUACUACCUCUUGUCUUUAAAUAAACAGAAAUAAAGUGGACAGAUGUAAAUGCAUCAUUGAAUAGGAGAAUAGGAAACUGAACAUGACUAUGCAGUUCAUCCUUUCUCAUCUAGAUCCUUGAAGCGCACUUCUGAUCCAGGAAUAUUAUGUUAUGGAUUAAACUAUUAUACAUUUUUGUCGUGAUGUGUUAUAAUGAAUGGUUACAAGUUUAGCUGCAGUCCACGUGUACAGCAAGGGCAUAGCAUGAUCAGAUCAUUCAGUUUCCAAUCCCUGGGCUUUUACGGGUCUCUAGACAACAACACAACAAUGUGCUGUGGUGCACUUAAAAGAUCAAGAAGGGGUGAAGCAACAAAUAUUUUUAUUUUCAGCCUUUAGUUAUGUUAUUGAAAUGAACCGUUUCUGUUCUGGGAGUCAGCGGAUGCAACAGGAAUAUGUGUUACAUAGGAUUCUUUAGGGGACGUGUUUAUAUUUGUGAUUAACAUUAACACUGUUUUCUUAAAAACAUGGCUUGAGAAUCAAAUUAAAUGAAAUGUUAUUUGUCACGUGCGCCGAAUACAACCUUACCCUGAAAUGUUCACUAGAUUAGAAUUUGCCAAAUUGGAACUGACCAAAUUUUACAGUGAGUUUUAACUCAUGUAAGAACUCAUGGUAUUCUAAUCCAAUCUCCCCAUUCAAGAGAUGGCAAGGCGGCAGGUAGCCUAGUGGCUAAGGGCGUUGAGCCAGUAACCGAAAGUUUGUUGGUUUGAAUUCCUGAGUCGGUACAGUGGAAAAAUCUGCUGUUCUGCCCAUGAUGUUGCUUAAGGCAGCCACAUUUCGGCUGAAUGCAUUCAGUUGUACAACUGACUACGUAUGCCUUUUCCCUAACCCUACAUGGCGUAAGAUACGUUUCUCUUUCCUAAAUUCUAUUAAUAAAAACAAAAGCUCUCUCAUUUUAUGAGUGAACCUUCAAGAAAUUAAUCUUAAUUUGCCAAUGCCAUCAGCCAAUGAAAAAACAAUUUUAUGUUUUGAAAGAGAGCUAUCCUCUGUGCUGUGGUGUGUGACCAUUGAUUGUUAUUUAUAUUGAACAUAAUGGUGGGAGGGCAGGGCUGGGCUGGGAUAUGGGCCAUAUGUGUUUAUCCUUUGCCAUUGAAAUGGUGGUGUUACAAGUAUUGCUGAGCUGAACUUUAUCCUAAUGACACAAUAACUUUCAUCCCCUAGCUAGGGGAUGGUCUCUGCCUUGGACGGUUCACUGGACUUCUGUCAUAACAAUUCAUACAUCAGACUUUGUAUGGUGGAUUUAGUACACCAGGCUUUGAAUGUCAUACUUCAAGAGCUAGAUUUAAAACAACUGCUUAAUCUUUACUAGUGGAUUUCUCCAUUUUAUCUUUUUUUACAGGCCCAUGUUUUUUAUUAUCAUUAUCAUAAUUAAUUGUUUUCUGUUAGUUUUUGUGACUUUCAGCAUCCGUUGAAAACGUGUGUUUUUGUUGACAUUGAUGAUGAGAUACUGUGUCUUAUGUAUCAUAAUCUGAAUGGUAUGGGCAAGUUUGUUUGGUUAAAAGGUGGUUUAUUGUGGCCUUGGUUACCAAUUGUGCAUUGCAUUUUAGUAUUUUCUGUUAUCUUCAAACUAAGGGGGUUGUAUUAUAUAAUCAAAUCAAAAUGUAUAAUCUAACAAUAAAAGACGCAUGGUGCCUUUGGGGCCAUUUUCCCCUGAAAACUCAUUAAAACAGGUUUGUUCAUUUGA